CCUCUCUGGAAGGCUAACAUGAAGUCGACAAUUAUUUUGUGCGUUUUUCUGUUUCUGGAAUACGUACAGUGUUCAAAUCCUAAUGUGCUUUGCAUCAUUAAGAACUGUGCAAAACAAUCUGCGGAGUGCAUAGCAGAUGAGGGGUGCAGAUCAGCAAUGAUGUGUAUAACAGGGUGUGCCACCAAUAACCAGACCUGUCUGUUUGACUGCAUUUAUUCCUAUGAAGAUGAUGUCUUUGACGCGUUUAUGAAAUGUGCCUCGACCGACCAUCAGUGUAUAACUAACGACCCACCGAAUCCCCCCGUGGUUUGCCACCCUCCCCAAAAAGUGGAAUCGAGCUUCACGAUAGACCAGUUAAAUGGGUCAUGGUACAUUGUCAAAGGGCUUAAUCCUCUCUAUGACUGUUUCGAUUGCCAAAUAACCACCUUCAGUCCAAGACUGGAUAGUAAGACAGUGUUCGAUGUUUUUGAAAAGUUUGAUGUUAAGACGGUUAAAGGCGGAGUUAGACAUCGAUCGGUUAAUGAAACUGUUGCCCAGGUUUCCGGUGGUAUUUUCAAUUACACCAGCAUGAUGAUGGGACAAAAUACGCAUGCUCAAUGGCGAAUAGUACAUGUUGGCACCGGGAAAGCUUUUCUUUUGGCUUACUAUUGCGGAUCUAUCUCGGCUAAUUACUUCUAUGAAGGAGCGGUAGUGUAUUCACGGGCCCCAACCUUGACAACAAAUCAACUCGUGGAACUAGUUGAUACAUUUAAAGACCUUGGAUGGGAUUAUUCCAAGUAUUGCACUCCAAAUACACUGAAAUGUAGCAUUUGAAU